ACGGUGGAGAACGACAGCGCGUCCACAGGCAGCGGAGCUCUGUUUCUGUUGGAAGAAAUGGCCUCUAAAAUGACUUCCAGACUCUGUGGGUUAACUUGCCAGAUCAGGUCCGGCCAGACCAACCUCCGAGCCCGGAGCUGUGACGGAGGUUUGACGGUGGAACAUGACCGGACGAACCGGCGCUUCACCGUGGCUCCAGGAGCGGGCUCCGGGGUCCAGGAGCAGGCCGUGCUGCUCUACAGAUUCACCGCAGAAAAGGAGGUGGACCUGAUGUCCACCUUUGUUCCGGAAACAUUUCGAGGCCAAGGUGUUGCAGCCCUGCUCUCCCAGGCCGCCAUGGACUUUUUGGUGGAGGAGAAGUUGAAGGCACGCAUUUCCUGCUGGUACAUAAAGAAAUACGUCGAAGAUCACCCCGAACAGCUUUACAAAGAGCUUGUUAUCACCUGACUGCUCACAUCCACCACACACCUGGCAGAGCUUUAAGUGUAGGGUUUUAAAAUCUGAUCUUAAUUUAAUCAGCUAAUGUUAGAAUGAAAUACACCAUUUAUAGUAAUUAAAUGUGUUUCAUUUGAGAUGUUUUAAGUCACAUGAAGAGAGAAAAUGUUUAUAUUCUUUCAGCUUGUGAUUUUUAAAACAAUGUAUAAUGUUUAUACGAUUUCAUAUCUGGAUUCUUUUGAUUCUUUUUUGAUAAUUUCAAUGAAUAAAA